AUGGAGCACACGAUUCAUUGUGACCUUAGAGAAAAAUUAAAGGAAAAAUUUAUAUUCUCAAAUGGUGUGACGAAUACAGAUAAGUUAAACUUAAUUGAUGCUAUCCAACGGUUAGGAAUAGGAUACCAAUUUGAAAACGAGAUCAAAGAUGUAAUUCAAUACUUGGAUUUGAUUUCAUGUCGUGAUUAUGUAGACAGUGAUCUCCAUACAUGUUCUCUACGUUUUCGGUUACUUAGAGAACAUGGAUAUAAAAUUUCAGAGGAUAUAUUCAAGAAAUUCAUUAAUCACAAAGGUGAAUUCAAUACCACCAUAGCAAGUGAUAUAAAGGGGAUGUUAAGCUUGUAUGAGGCGACACAUUUCAGACUCCGAGGUGAAGACUUGUUGGAGAAAGCCCUAAUCUUUACCACAAGUCAAUUUGAGGCUAUGUUGCAUAAUGAUCUCAUAACCAAAUCAUGUUUUGUUGAACAAGUAAAACAUGCUCUCAACCAGUCAAUCCAUAAGGGAUUGAUAAGGAUAGAGGCGAGGAAUUACAUUUCCUUAUACGAAAACGAUGAAAUGCAUGAUAAAUUACUGUUAAAGUUUGCAAAACUCGAUUUCAACAUCAUGCAGAAAUUGCACCAAAGAGAGCUUGGUGAACUCACUAGAUGGUGGAAAGAUUUAGACUUAACAAAUAAAUUCCCCUUCGCAAGGGACAUAUUGGUGGAAUGUUACUUAUGGAGUAUCGGAAUUUAUUUUGAGCCUCAAUAUGCAUAUGGAAGGACAAUAAUAACUAUGAUAAAGGUUUUGGCCAACGGCUAUAUGGACGAAGCAACAUGGCUUCACAAAAGUUAUAUUCCCACCCUAGAGGAAUAUAUGAAUGUGGCAAAGAUAACUUCUGCUGUCGAAGUUAUGUCCAUCGCUUUCUUGUUAGGAAUGCACUCUAAUUUAGCGACCAAAGAAGGUUUUGAAUGGAUGCUUAGUGACCCACUCAUCAUCCAAGCUACAAGUGUCAUUGUUAGACUAGUUGAUGAUGUUACUGGUUUCAAGUUUGAACAACAAAGAGAGCAUGUUGCAUCUGCAGUAGAGUGCUAUAUGAACCAACAUGACGCGUUGGAGGAGCUGGCGACAAUUAAUCUGCGGAAACAAAUAACUGAUGCUUGGAAAGAUAUCAACUUUGAGUGUAUUCGUCCAACAAAGGUCCCAAUGAAUAUACUUAGUCGGGUGAUGAAUAUGGCUCGUUACAUGGACAUGAUGUAUAAGGAAGAAGAUGGAUACACAAAUUCUAAAACCAAAGCUAAAGAUUACAUCACUUCUAUUCUUGUUAGCGAGGUUGAUGUGUAA